UUUCGUUCCGUGCGCGUCAGGAAUGGGAGCUCCAAAUUAAUCCGCCUUUCAAUCCUAAAAAAGUGGACUAAAAAUAGAUUCCCAUUGGCCCGGAAUUCAGCCGCAGCCUUCGCUUCCGCCUCCGGUCUCCUCCCCACCCCACGCAUCCACCCCGGAGCUCGCGGAUCGAGGGGACGACUCGCCGCCGCGGCCUCCGGAUCAGCGCCGGCGUCGCUGUCCGCCGCCGAUCGGAGAGCCUUCCCCUUUUUCCCCGCGGCGGCUGGAGAUGGACGGCGCCGGGGGCGGCGGAGGGUUGCACGGCGCCCGGAGGAACAUCUCAUCGGCCUCCGGGCCCAGGAGAAGGGCCCUGCCUAUGGAGAACGGGCACGACGCCCCCUCUUCGGCCAGGAGGCCGGCAUCCGCCUCCUUCUCCCGCACCACAUCGUCGAUGGCCGCGGAGAGAACCGUCAAGAGACUGAGACUGUCAAAGGCGCUAACAAUACCAGAUCACACAACCGUGUACGAGGCUUGUCGGAGGAUGGCCGCACGUAGGGUUGAUGCUGUGUUGCUAACGGACUCCAAUGCUUUGCUCUGCGGGAUCCUUACUGACAAGGACAUAACCACAAGGGUGAUUGCUCGUGAAUUGAAGCUAGAAGACACACCAGUUUCUAAGGUCAUGACUAGAAACCCCCUCUUUGUGCUGUCAGACACUCUUGCAGUUGAGGCAUUGCAAAAGAUGGUGCAAGGUAAAUUCAGACAUUUACCUGUUGUGGAGAAUGGUGAAGUCAUUGCACUGCUGGACAUAGCCAAGUGCCUAUAUGAUGCUAUUGCACGAAUGGAAAGGGCAGCGGAGAAAGGAAAAGCAAUUGCUGCUGCUGUUGAGGGUGUAGAGAAGCAUUGGGGAACAGCCGUAUCUGGUCCUAACACUUUUGUUGAAACUCUUCGAGAGCGGAUGUUUAGGCCAUCACUGUCCACCAUCAUAUCCGAGAAUUCAAAAGUGGUCACUGUUGCACCAACAGACACCGUGUUGACAGCAUCAAAAAAGAUGCUUGAACUAAAAGUAAGUUCAGCAGUUGUUGCAAUUGAAAACAAGCCUGGUGGAAUUCUGACCUCUAGAGAUAUAUUGAUGCGUGUUAUAGCCCAAAAUCUUCCACCUGAGUCUACUACAGUUGAGAAGGUCAUGACUCAGAGUCCAGAAUGUGCCACAACUGACACUCCAAUUCUUGAAGCCCUACAUACAAUGCAUGAUGGAAAAUUUCUUCAUUUGCCUGUUCUAGACAGUGAUGGAAAUGUUGUAACUGUUAUCGAUGUCCUUCACAUAACUCAUGCUGCAAUUGCGACGGUCGGAAACAGUGGGGCUGCCGGCUCUGAGGCGACUUCUUCUAUGAUGCAGAGGUUCUGGGAUUCAGCGAUGUCAAGUGGACCUCUUGAUGAUGACGAUGACUCCAGAAGUGAAGGAUCAACGAAAGUUGCAUCCGAGGCAACAGAUAUUGGAAGAUCAACCUUUUAUCCGGCUUCUGGCUUAUCAAGCACUUUUGGGUUCAAGAUUCAGGACAAGCAAGGCAGGAUGCAUAGAUUUAACUGUGAUACCAGCAGCCUGACAGAACUGAUAACUUCCAUUCUACAAAGGCUUGGCGAUGACAUUGAUAAACUGAACCUACCUCAAAUUUUGUACGAAGAUGAGGAUCGUGAUAAGGUCAUACUUUCAUCAGACUCUGACCUUAUAGCAGCCGUGGACCAUGCGAGACAAAUCGGUUGGAAGAGUUUAAGGUUGCACCUGGAUUACGCCGGCGUGGGCCGCCGGAAGAGAACUUCCGGCUCCACGAAUUUCGAGUACGCCGGAAGGGACGCAUGGGCUUCCGCCUACAGCACCGUUGCCGCGGGGGCGGCCCUCGUCGCUGGCCUUGGCGUGAUGGCUUACCUGAAAAGAGCGAGCUAGGCGCCUCGAUGACACACAUGUUACUUUCGUUGAAAUGGGCAGAAGAAUGGACUCUCUGAAGAAAGAGGAAAAGAAAAAAUAUGCCAGAAUGGCUGUGUGUAAUUCUUGUGAGAAAAUCAACCAGGAUCUGUAAUAAUGCCACGGCAGUGGAUGACUGGACAGCCCGCAGACGGUGUCGAUCAAUUCUUGGCUAUCCAUUCCAGCCCCGAAGUCUCCAAACUCUCCAUGGCUGGCCACGACUGUACUAUACCAUAAACACAUGAUCACCAUUGUACAAUGAAACAUAAUUGGCCAUUUUUGUUUGAGAAAACCAGCGUGCCCAUCA